AUGAGCUCCCUCAAGGAACCCCUCGGGCUCCUAAAGGCGCUGUUGGCCAGGGUCCCGCUGAUCCUCAAGACCAUCCUCCUGCAUGGCAUUCAAAUGUCCCCCGUCAAGGGGAAACAGGAUAUGCGCACUGAAUUAACCGUCGCCAUUAUCCGCUCAUUCAUGGCAACAAAAGCACCACUCGGAAAAACCCAGAAACAAGGCCUACGCGACCCCGGGGUGAAGGGUCCUAUGUGGGUGUCCAAGGUGACCCUCCCACAGCCCGAGGUCGACGUGCGCGACGCAGUAAUACGCGCAAUCGAAGAUCUUAAGACUGGCGAUGAGACAUACGAUAUCCCAGCGACCACCGCCGUCGAAGCCGAAUGGACUGGCUACCGCGCCGGAGUUGGAAAGAAAACACCAGAGCCCGAUCUCUCAGAAGAGGACAAAUACCACAAGUUGCGCGCUGAAUCGCCGUCUGAUAUGACAAUCUUGUAUUUCCACGGAGGUGCCUAUUUCCUUCUAGAUCCCUGCAGUCACCGCGUCCCCGUCGCACACUUGUCUCACCUAACCGGCGCGCCGGUCUUCUCCGUCCGAUAUCGCCUGGCUCCUCAAAACCCAUUCCCUGCUGCACUCGUCGACGCAUUAACAGCAUACCUCUCGCUCCUCCACCCGCCCCCAGGCUCACUCCACAAACCCAUACCAGCCCACAAGAUCGUAUUCGCAGGCGACUCAGCUGGCGGGAACCUCUGUCUAGUCCUCCUUCAAACACUACUGACCCUCGACCGCGCAUCCCACACAAUCCGCUUCCACGGCAAAGAUGUGCCCAUCGAACUGCCCGCAGGUGUCGCAACCAUCUCCCCAUGGUGCGACGUGACACGCUCUAUGCCGUCUACCAGCGGAAAUGCACAUCUCGAUUACCUCGAGGCACCAGCUGCGCCCUCAGACGACCCAUCUGUCAAGACUCCGUUCACCCCGCUCCCUUUCACACCAGACGAUAUCUGGCCGACUUCCCCGCCUCGCGCAGACGUCUACUGCAACGCUAGCAUGCUGAACCACCCAUUGGUGUCUCCGCUUGCUGCUCCCGUUAGUCUCUGGAAGAACGCACCGCCUAUAUGCGUCUCGACUGGCGAGGAAGGCCUCACAGACGAGGGACUCAUUCUGGCGCGCCGCGUCCACCAAGCUGGUGUACCCCUCGUUGCGGAGAUGUUCGAGGGCAUGCCGCAUUGCCACGGUAUACUUAUGAUGGACAGGCCGGCUAGUCAUCGUUUCUUCGAGAGCUUUGCUGGGUUUUGUCGUGAUGCUGUUGUCGGCCGGGUGGUGUCGACGGGGAACCUCACUUGGUUGGGCUUCAAGCUGCAGUUGACAAAGGAGAUCCCGAUCGAAAAGGCUUGUGAAACCAGUGAUGAGGAGGUUGAGGCCCUCAUGCAGAGAAUGUGUGCUUGGAAGCGCGAGGGAGAGAUCGAAUUGCAGAAGCAAUGGCGUGCGACAGCACGGUUGUGA